CAUCAUUCACUGGGCCAGGCACUAGUGUAUGAUGGCGCCCGAUUCGCCGCCUGGUUCGCAAGUCAAUUAAAGGCCGUCUGUGAUUUCAUCGCGCGGUUUUUCGUAAGGAUAGGCAAUAAUGACCAGCGAGCUCCUGACCAAUCUCUUUCACAUUGAGAGCCCCGCCCACGUGUACUGGAAGCAGUGGCGCUUCAUUCCCCGCCCUGCUCCUACUGUAACCCCUUCGCGCCCCCCCGCAUCCCCCGCCGCCCCGAGCGCCCCUCACUGGCAGCGGCCGCGCGAUGCGCAUGACCCGCAGCAGACUCCGCGCAGCACCCCUCUGGCCGCAUGGGGCUACUGGGCGGCCGAUGGCGGCUGCGCGUCCUUCCGCUUCCACACGCCGCCCACUCGCCUCAGGCCCACCCACAGGGGCGUUCGAGGCAGCAGGGUAUGUGGAGUUUGAUGGGGUCUUUGUCAAGCCCACCAGCACACACAGCCAAGCCAGCCAUGCGGCAGCCAUUGCGUGUGAAGUGAGGGUGCGGCCGUCUGCCUUUGGGCUGCUGCUGCACACGCACCUCUCCACCAGGUCACUACGUGCAUUGACUCCAGAGGACUUCACACAGCAACGGCCCCAUGGCUCAGCGCUACCAGUCCUGCUGGGCCCAGCAGCAUGGCCUGCCCUGGCCCACCGCCCCUCGCCCCCUCGCCUCGUGCGCUUCCUGCGGCGCUGGCGCGUGGAGCAGCAUUUGAGGCACUUGAGGCACUCACAGGGAAGAGAGGGGAGGGGAGGGCCAAGAGCGAGAACAGUGAGGGUGAAGCAGGGGAGGACUAAGAAAGGAGGGAUGGGAAGAAAGGGGAAAGCAGCAGGAAGGGUUAUUGAGGGAGAAGUGAGGACCAACAAGGCAGGAGAAGCAGGAACGAGGAAGAGAAGGGGGGAGGCAGUACGAUCGAGAAAGGAAGUGGUGGUUGAGAGGAGGGGAAGGAGGAAGGUGGGGCAGGGAUUAGACAAGAAGGUGGCUGGCGCUGAUGGUGCGAGGGGUCGGAGUACGCCGAAGCGGAAGCAGGGGGGAAGCGGAGUGAAGGUGCAGCACACGCUCAAGUGGCAGAAGCUGCUAUCCCCUCACCGCCCUGCUGCCCGCCUCCCUCCAGCCGUCUCUGCCGCCCUGCAGCCGCCCCUGCCGCCCGCUGCUGGCCCGCCCACGUACGUGGAGGUGGAGCUGUCGGUGCCGGUGGUGGGCAGGCAGGGCGCAACCCGGGGGCGAACGAGGGGUGGCAGUGGUCAUCCGUCAUCUCCUGCACGCCCACCAGCCAUCACUGCUGCCGUCCACCAUCUCUCCACCGCCCCACGCUGGUCAUCCUCGCCCCUCCAUUCUCCCCACCAUCAACCCCGCGUCCGUGCCUCCUCUCAGCCCGACGUCCCCCUUCCAACCUCCCCCCGCCUCCAUUCCUGCCUCUCAGUCGCCAUCGCCACCCCUCUCGUCUCUCCCGCCCUCCCCCCCCUUCGCCCUGCCCCAUCGCCUGGCGCUCGCUGCGCCUCUCUCUUUCCUCCGCUUGCUGCCCAGCAGCUGGCGGCGGUGCUGGACGCGGUGGACGGCGAGGUGGUGGCGGGCAUGCGCGCCCAGGGGGGCGUGGGAGCGCUGCUCCGGGAGGAGGACGGCGACGAGGAGUGGCUGGGCGAGCUACCCGGCCCACCUGCUCCCGCCCCACACACUGCCACACACCUCACCGCGCAGCGCGCAUCCCAUGCGCACGCCCACAACGGCACGGCGUCUGCGUCGCGUGCGUCCCUGGCGUCGCGUGCGGGGCGCAGGGCGAGGGCCAUCCGCCUGGAGCAGCGUGUGCAGAACGAAGCGGAGGUGCUGCUGCCCCCCGCCUUCACUGCCGCUACCGGCGGUGCGAGGGCACAUGCACACAGCUCAACAGGCAGUCAGGCAUGGAGGUUGAGUGGAGACGCCAUGGUGGGUGCAGGGCCCGCGAACGGGAAAACAGUUGGAGGAGGGGUGAGGGAGGUGAAGAUUGAAGGAGAGCCAGCAGGGGCAGGAAGUGCAGCAGCAACCGGGGCUCAAUCGAGGCUGUACCGCAGCUGCGUCCCGGUUUUUGCCCGCCGUGUGCUGCUGUCCCCGGAGUCACUUGGCGCACCACCCCCUUCCUCCCACCACCCCCACCUUCCAAGUGCGUCAACUGCUGCCGUUCACCCUCUGGACGCGCAGCAUGCCAGCUCCACGCCCUCCGCUGCCAUGGGCACCAGCAGCAGCACCAGCGCCCAGCAGCGAUACGUGUACUCGGAGAUCCCACCCCCCGCCACGUCCCUCCCCGCACUUGUCCCCCCUCGCCCACCGCAUGACGCUUCCGCCACCACCCCCUCCUGCCCCGCCACUCCCCCCCUCUCCGACCACCCACUACACCAGAAGAGGGAUGAUAAGGCGGGCAAGUCAGCGCGAGAGCAAUGUGAGGAGCGAGAGAGCAAGGUGCGUGCGGUGGAUGGAGUGAAACAAGGGAGGCGUGCUGAGACAGCGCUCAAGGCUGGUAGCAGGGCCAGAGGGAAGGUGACAGGAGGCAAAGCGGGGGAAAGGAAGGAAGGACGGAGGCAGAAGGAGAAGGGCAAGGGUAAGGGCUUAGUCAAGGGGAGUAGAGCGGAGGUGCGUGGUGAAGGGGAGAAGGGCAAGGGAAUGCUGGUGAGAUGGAGGGUGAAAGGCGACACGGGGCAGCAUAAGGGCGAGCGUGUGAGUGGCAGGGCAGUGGGGGGAGGUGCGGUGAGAUUGAAGCGGAAGGCCGCAAGUACAGGGAGAGCGAGGCAGCGGAGGAGACAGCGUGUGGCACGUCACUGGUUGGUGGGGGCAGAGGUGAGUGUGGGAGGGAGUGGGAGGGAGAGCAGGGAGGAGUGGGAAGUGGUGCCUGUGCUGGGGCUGCGCGAGGAGAUGGCCAUGAUCAAGCUCCUGCUCUCGCAUCCACACGCCCAUGCCACAGCACAGGAGGACGUUUGUGUGUGCAGUCAUGCAAUGGAGGCAGCUGGCAGCAGGUCGCAACUGCAGGGUGGCAGUGUGCCACAGGCUGCCACCUCCAUUGAUCAUGGUGCUGCUACUGGUGGAGUUGCUGGUGGAGUUGCUGGUGGUGGUGCUGCUGCUGACGCUGUGCCAGCACCGGAUCGGCCGGCCAUCCCGCUGUCUACGUAUGGAACGACAGCAGCAGAGGCCCAUGAAGCGCAGGAAGCAGUGGACGCCGUGCACAGGCCUGGCGCCACUCCAGCAUCACCACCAGCAGUGCCGUGUGCCGUUGUGCGCCAGGCCGAGGCUCUGAGGGACCCCUCUCUCGACGCCGCUCUGCUGGCAGCAGCGCACAGCAAGUGCCCGUGGUGCGCGCGCUGCUCGCCCUCGCCACCCGCUGCCUCGUCCUCUCCGCGUCACCAGCAGCACCACGCCACAUGGGCCGGCACACACUCGGGAUUGUCGCUGCUGGCGCUGUGUGGGGAUGCAGGCGUGGCCGGUGGUGGUGGUGGCAGCAGCAGUGCAGGGCAGCGCAUCCUCGCCAGCCUGCAGGGAACUCUGCCGUCACCCCUGACCGCUGCUCUGCUGUGCGGUGAGAUCAAGUCGCUCCUCCGCUCCGCCUUUGGCUCUCGUCGCCUCACCGGCCCCCUCUCCCUCCCCGCCAUCGCUGCUGCCACCCGCCCCAGUCCUGCCACCCCCUCCCCUUCCCCCGCUCCUCUCACCACCUCCAAACCGCCCCCUCCUGUUCCUGACGCCACGCCUGCUGCUGCUGGAGCUGCAGCAAGGGCGGGGGAGGAGGCAGGGGAAGAAAAGGAUGGGGGGAGCGGGGGCAGGGAGAAGGGAGAACUGAAGGAGAGGCUGGCAGAGGGUCAGAGGAGGAACGGGAGAGGAGGGAGUGGAGGGGAGGAGGCGGAGGGCAGUGAGGAGGCGGGCAGCGGAGUGCGCAGCGUGGUGGCGCUGUGCCCGCCCGCGGUGCUGGUGGGGUAUCAGGACGACUGGCUCGCCACCUCGCCCUCGCUGCUCCGCCUCUGGGACAAGGCACCCCUCGAGCCCUACUGCCUGCCCAAGCCGCUGUCCGUGCUGGCUAUCUGCCCGGCACUGCCUGCCAUCGCUCGCCCCCUCCGCUCCUUCCUCUCCGACCUUGCUGCAGUGUAUGAGGCAUGCUCCCUGGGGACCUUCUCACCACUGCUGCCCCUCUCCCCCGCCGCCGACCACCACCACCCCCCGGGCAUGCUGCCUGUGCCGCUGCCCCCUGUGCACGUGCCCCCUGCCUGCGCCGUGCAUGCGUUCAGCGACAGCCUGGCCUCUGCUCUCUCCAGGCUGCCAAGCGCCGCCCUCUUCCCCCCCACCAACUCCACCGACCCUGACCUCUGCCCCUCCACGCUACUCGUGCUGGUGUGCCCCUGGCCAUCCCCUGGGGCGGCUCUCUCUCUCUUCCUCCGCACUGCUGCCCACACCCACGCCCUCACGCUCGCUGCUGCCAAAGAGUCAUCCGCCUCAACAUCUCCCAGAGCCUCCCAUCCCACCGCCCCGCCCACUCCCGCCCACGCCCCGCGCCCCCUCACUGUGCACCUGCUGCCCCUGGAGCACGUGCUGUCUCUCUCGCACGCCGCCCGCGCCAGCUCCCUGCGCCAGCUCGCCCUCUCGCUCUUCUCCAAGCCUCAGCAAUCGCCCACUGCUGCAGCAGUGGCAGGAGGAUCAGGCACUGCAGCAGCAGGCGCAGCAGCGGAGUCUAGUGGAAGUGGUGCAGCGAGAGUGGACGGGGCGUCUACCCCUGGGUCCGCCUUCAUGCCGGCACAUCCCCCCGCCUCCUCUGCCCCUCCUCUCCCACCUGCAACCCCCUGUCUUCUCCACGAGCCCCCUUUCAUCCUCGCCUCCCCUGGUUCAGCCUGCCGCUCCCUCUCCCUGCCUUGCACGUCCAGCCCUCACCCUGGUGAUGGGGAGCACACAGCAGCAAAAGGGGGGCAAGGGCAGGCGGGGGGGAGUGGGGUAACGCACAAGGGGGAGCAGCAGGGGAGGAACGAUGGCAAGGCUGGGUGGCAGAGGGAGAAGGUGAGCUGUCAGCCGUCGCUCUCCCCGUCUCUCACGGCUGCUGCCACACCUGGAGGCAUGGCGGCACUGCAAGCAGGUGCCCGAAUGGGUGCGGCGGCAGGAGGGGGUGCAGGGGUGGCUGGGGCAGCACCUCCAUCCACUGGAGGGGCAGGGGGGGUUGUUUUGGACGGCAAGGCACCGCUAUCACUGCACUGUGUGUACAUGUGGGGACACGAUGGUGCCCCUGGCCUUGAUGCAGAGGCAGCGGCGCCGUGGGUGGUGGCGGUGUGGACGGACUCCAGGGGCGAGCUGCUAGAGCAGGGAUGGCAGCUGAGAGGCAUCGCGGUGACGAGGGCGCACAGGGAGCCACAGGGGCAGCAGCAGGAACAGCCACAGGAGUGGCAGAAGCAGCAGCAGCAGCAGCAGCAGAAACAGCAGCAGCAGGGGCAGCAGCAGCAGGGGCAGCAGCAGCAGGGGCAGCAGCAGCAGGGGCAGCAGCAUCUGGGCAGCGGCUGUCUGCAUCUGCGCCUGUUGCUCCCUCAGGCUCAGGCCAGCAGGGAUGCGGACAAGGGGCAAGGGGAGGCGGGGAGAGAGCGGCAGGGCGGUGGGGACAGCGGUGAGGAGGACUGGUGGAUGGCCCCGCGGCCGGUGUAUGUGGUGAAGGCAGGGCAGGGCAUGGCACGAGGGGAACUGCAGGCAUGGGAGCAAGCCAUCGCGUCUCUCUCCUCCUCCUCCUUCCGCCCAGUUUUCUCCGCCUCUCCUUGCCACGCCCCGCACCCAGCCGCGCGCCACCCCACACCCACCAAGGGCAUGUCCUGUGCAGCAGCAGGGGGGGCAGCAGGAAGGCAAGCAGGCAGAGGCAGCGAGGGAGGAGGGCAGGCUGCUGGGGCUGGCGGGGGGGAGGAGAGGAGGGAGGGGUCUCCAGGCGUAAAGGUCCCUCCGUUGGAGCGCAUGCCUUGGCAGCCACCCCUUGAGCCCGCCUCUGCCUCCCUGCCCCCCCAUGUGCGCGGGCAUGAGACCGACCAGGUGGAUGGCCGCCUGCCUGGGCAGGCUGGCAGCAGCGCCUACCACACGCCCACACCGGGAUCUCUCGCCCAUGCCACGCCCCUUGCUGCCACCGCCCCCCCUCACCUGCCCGCCCUUAGGACAGGCACACAGGAGGAGAGGCUGGAGAGGCAUGGGGUGGAUGCGGGGGAAGAGGGGAUGGGCAUGGGCGAGGGGGUGGAGGGGUGCGUUGGGGGGGACGGAGGGCGGGGUGGUGGAGGGGGAGAAGGAGUGCCGCGGGUGUGGCAGGGGAUCGCCAGUGUCACCAUCGCAUGGCUGCAUGUGGUGCCGCACCUGCAACUCAUGUCAAUACUGCAGACCCACCCCCUCACACCCUCUCCCCUCUCCACACCUGUUCUCCCCAUCUCCUCCCCUUCCCGUUCCCCCUCUAUCCUCCCCCUUGCCCCCCCUGCUCUCUCCCCCAUGCAUCCACACACCUCCUGCGCCACCCCACUCCCGUCUUCCCUUGCCAGCCGUCUCACAGCCACCACCCCCACCGCAGUGCCCCCGCUUGAGCCCUUCUCCCCUCCCCUUGCACCCCUGCCCCCUUCCUCCCGUGCCGCUUCCUCUCCCAUCUCUGCCCACCCCGCCACACUCUCCCACUCGCUCUUCCUCCCACGCCUGCCCCAUGAGCGCGCUCACCCCCCGCACCCACCACUCCCCUCCGCACCCCUGCAUGGGGCAGUGGGCACCCGGGGUGCGUGGCAGUCCUCCCAGCAGCACCGCGCAGGGGCCACGCUGCUGCUCGUGCCGCAUGCGCCAUGGAUCGACCUCUCUACCCCCACACACUCCCCGUGCAACCCUCCCUUCUUCCCUCCCACUCCCCUGCACCAUUUGCACCUCCCCUCGCGCCUCCCCCUAGCUCUUGCCCCGCGCCAGCCACCAAGACGGCAGCGCCGCCUGCCCCUGCUGCUGCCACCACCACCUCCUCCCCCCUCCCCAUGCCCCCCACUCCCAGUUCCUCUGCACCCGCUUGCACCGGCUCACGUGACACAACUGCUGCUGCAGCGACUGACGCGGCAGCAAGAGGAGGAGAGGAAGAAGCGGAAGGCAGGCAAGCCAAUGGGGAAAGGCAAGGGACGGACGAAAGCUAGAGUGGUAUCAGUGGGCGUGCGAGGGAAGACUGGCAGCAGGGGCACAGGGAGCAAGGGUAAGGGAGGGAAGAAGACGGGGCGGGCAGGCAAAGGCGAGGCAGCUAAGGGUGACAGCAGAGCAGAGAGUGAGGCUGGUGGGUCCAAGGCGAGGGAAGAGACUGUAGAGAAGCAGGAAGGGGAAAGGCAGAAGGGGAAGGCGAAGAAGGCUGAGAGGAUGUCAAAGGAGAGGGGUGUGCGUGGGGUGAAGGAUGUGGAGGGGCAGGAGAAGGAUAAGGGGAUGAGUAGUAGGAAGGUGCAGGGUGGGAGGAAGAAGAAGAGUGUUACGAUUGGGAAGAAGACAAGUGGUGCGAGUGGGAAGGAGACAGGAGUUGCAGGUGGGAAGGCGAAGCAGAGAAGCGGUGGCAGCAAGGAGGGCAACGUUGUGAAGGCAGUGAGGCGGAAUGGGAAGCAGGGCAAGGGCCGGGAGGCAGGGAGGUCAAGUGGUGCAGCAUCAGGCGCACACAGGGAGGCAGGCAGGGCGAAUGGCAGUGGCAGGGGGGGGCGCAGGGGGCCAGGGAGGGAGGGGUGGCGAGUGUGGCGUGAGCGAAUGCGAGAGGUGGGGCGCAUGGUGCGGGAGCUGACGAGUGGGCAGGAGGAUGGGAGGGAGGGCGUGCGCGGAGUGGCCACGGCAGUGAUUCUCAGCACAGCCACGCACCGCGGGUGCGUGGGAGGGGACGGGUCAACAGCGGCAGCGGCAGGCAGUGCAGCCUGGUGGCUGGGACUGGAGGGGCUGUCGAUGGGGGCGGCACAGGAGGCGUUCAGGCUGGGUGUGCCAUGGCAAGGCGCGCACCAACCCCCUGCCACCACAAGCGGACUCUUCACCCGCUCUCCGCUCGCUGCUGCUGCUGCUGGCAGCCCUGGUGGUGGUUUGGGUGCGAGGCUGGGAUCACACUCAGCAGCACAUGCAGGCAUUGCAGCUUUAGGCAGUGCUGCUGCUGUUGGCUCCUAUCCCUUCCCAGUGCCAGCAGCAGCAGCAGGCAGUGGCGUGAUGGCAGGAGGAAUUGGGUGCGGUGCUGGAGGGGGUGUGGUGGCUGUUACUGUCGCGGCUCACUUCACUGCUGCCACUGUUGCUGCAGUCGCACAGCGGAGGGAGCGGGAGACAGAAGGCAAGCUGGAAGGGAGGGAUGCGCCAGUUGAGAGCAGCAAGGGACCACGUGUGGUGGGGAGAGGUGCUGCUGCGAGGCACAGGGCAGGGGAUGCAGUGAGAGAUGGCGCGAGAAACGAAGGUGGUGCUGGGGGGGAUGUGGGAGUGAAGCGAGGGAGGGAAGGGGAGGGCAGUGGGGCAGGCGGAACGGAGGAGGGAAGUGUGUGGAGCAGCAGGAAACGACAGCGGGUGGGGUCAACUGGUGGAGGGGCGGGGAAAGGUGGUGAGGGGGAGGGGGUGCAGGGUGGUGGGGAGAGCGAUGUGGAAGGAGGCAGGGAGGGGGGCGUGGAGUGCAAGGGUGCGGAGAUAGAUGCGAGGGGCAGAGGCAGCAGUGAUGGCACAGCACAUGCAGAGCACAGAGAGGCACAGGCGGGGGAUGGCGGUGAGACGAGGGAGGGGGCACAGCACAGUCAUGGAAGGGGUGCCGGAAGUGAGGGCGGGCGGCAAGGAGAGGAGAGGAGGCAGAGGGUGAAGGGCAGCGUGGGGGCUGAGAAAAGGGGAGGCGAGGUGGGAGGGAGUGACAGUGAGUGGUGUGAGGUGGCAGCGGAUGGGGCGGCAAGGCGUGUGGCGCAGCAGCUAGGUGCGGAGCUGCACGCGCUCACGUGGCUCUCCGCGUCGCCCGCCAGCCCCUCCCCGCUCUCCCACCUCCCCUUCCACUGCCUCGUCGCCGCGCGCCUGCUGCUGCUGCUGCAGCACUGGCCCUCCGCUUCACCCACUGGCCAACCAAGUGGGGCGGUGCGCGCAGUGGGUGAUGGCGGCAUGGGGGGAGGAGAGGGCGUGGAAGCGCAAGGCGGAGAGCAGGCAGCACAUGUGCCCACGCACAGCCAGGAUGCAUGCUUCUGAGCACAUAAACGGUAGCAUAGCAUGCCGCUGCUGCUCACACGGUUCCGAAGCUGCACCAUGCAGCCGUGCAACGUGUAUUGGUGCACUAGGGUAGGGGAAGUGCUAUCAGUCCGCCUAACAUUCCUGUAUUCUUGGCAACCAAGUUAUGAGGCAGCCCUUUUGCCCUUUUGCCCUUCUGUUAUGUUGUUUUCUC